AUGUCCUCAGCCACCUCCCUGGCACUGGUGACCGGGGACAACAAGGGCAUCGGCUUGGCUGUCCCGAGGGACCUGUGCCAGCAAAUCCCCAGGGAUGUGGUGCUUAUGUCCCAAGACAAGGUGCCGGGCCUGGUCAUGCAGCAGCUCCUGGUCGGGGGCCUGAGUCCCCACUUCCACCUGCUGGACAUCGACACCCUGUAGAGCAUCUAUGCCCUGUACGACUUCCUGCACAAGGAGUACGGGGCCCUGGCCAUGCUGGUCAACAACUCAGGCAUCGCCUUCAACACUGGUGAUCCCACACCGUUUCAUAUCCAAGGAGAAAUGACCCCCUUAAAAAAGUGCAGCCCAGAACUGCACCAGGAGAUUAUAAGCAAGACUAUCACAGAGGAGGAGCUAGUAGGGCUCAUUUACAAGUAUGUGGAAGACACAAAGAAAGGCGUGCAAGAAGAGGGCUGGCCUGAUACCACUUAUGGAGUGAUAAAAAUCAGUUUAUCAGUCCUGUCCAGCCAGGAAACUGAGCAGAGGAAAGGAGACAAGAUCCUCUUGAAUGCCUGCUGCCUUGGGUGGGUGAGAACAGACAUGGGUGGACCAAAAGGCAUCAAAAGCCCAGAAGGAGCAGAGACCCCCAUCCAGUUGACCCUUUUGCCCUUGGAUGCUGAGAGGCCUCAUGGAGAAUUGUUGUUGUUGUUUUUUUAA